AUGAACGUAAUAACAGCCAAAAAUUUAAAACUCCCAAAUGUAAGUUUCACGUAGUCCAAAGAACUUCUAGCCAAACUAGAACGGGAUAGGCUAGAGCGACUGAAAUCAAAAUCUACAAUAGACUCCCUUGCAAAUCAAAGCGCAUCGUUUCAUGCUGAAAAUAAAGUACCUAUCCAGUCCAAUAGUUCAAUUGAUUCAAUUGAAAGCUUAACUUAGCCUAAUUAAGCUUGUAAAAAAGCUCCUGGAAGGCCCGCAAGCCACAUUCACCUCUAUAUAGCUCUAUCACUUGUUGCCAGAGCACAACCUAUCACUCUGUUGCUCCUUGCAGACUAGGUCAUAUACUCGCUACCCGUAAGCAAGAGGCGCUGGGUCAAUAUAUGUGGUACGUCAGCGGGGGUUCAGCUUCCAGAAAAUUCGAAAAAUCGAAUUUUCUGAUCAUCUGUCGACAAAGAUGGAAACUCGUAGCCCAGGACUCAACGCCUGGUAACGCGCUGGGAACUAGUUCUGAUUAACGAGAAGGAACCUCACUUGCGUUAUAAGCCUCCUUUCCAGCUCUGAAUUCCAUCUCCCCACGGGGUUAAGCCUUGAACUGGAUGUGGGCAUGCAGUGGGCUAACCCCGAAAUUGCGCUCUACAAAGUUAAAUAAAACCUGGCCUGAUACAAAUUGCAGAACACCAUCCUUCUUUCCACAAAAUCUCGGCCAACUUCUGUCGCAGUUAUUAAUGAUAUGUUUAUUCUCCACGUCAUUUUAAUAUAUAUAGAUCCAAUUGACAGCAAAGAAGAAGAAAUUUCUUUCUGAAAAAUAUUUUGCUCGAAAUUUUGUCGAAUUAAUUGUAUAAAAGAUGAGGAUGAAGGCCAAACAGCAAGCGAAAAUCAAAGAGGCAAAUAA